AUGGCGACAAGCGCGCCAAUUAGUUCGGUUUUGGAGGGAAAAGAGGGAAUGGAUGAAGCGGAGGAGAAGCUUCUAGAGAAGAAUCAGGUGUUGGUAGUACCAAUUCGAGCUCCCAGUGAAGAUGGACCUGUUUCAGUAAAAUCUUCCAAGAAAGUUAAACUACCGGAAGAUGAGAGCCCAGCGGUGGGAGCGGGCCGGUUCACCAUCGGGCCGGCGCCGGAGCGCGACUGGGAGAUGGUGCCGCCCGACGGCAAGUGGGGCUGGUUCGUACUCGUAGGUGCAACUCUAGUUAACAUCCUGAUUCCGGGAACGAUCAAGUCGUUUGGGGUGCUGCUGGUUGAGUUCAAUGACGUAUUCGAAACCAGUGCGUCGGCUUCCUCCGGGAUAGUGGCCCUGUGUUACUUCCUCUACAGUAGUUUAGGUCCAAUCUCGUCUAUUCUCUCAGUGAAAUGGUCGUAUCGAACCGUGACCCUCAUAGGCGGCUGCUUUGCCGCUUUCGGAAUGAUAUUCAGUAGCUGGGCGUUUUCCAUCGGCUACUUGUAUUUUAGUUUCGGCGCAAUGGUGGGCACCGGAGCCGGGCUGGCCUUUCCGCCCACGGUUUACAUCGUGACGUCGUACUUCGUAAGGUUGCGCGGUCUGGCGAACGGUAUAUGUAUGUCCGGCUCGGCUUUCGGCAGCAUCAUACUUCCGCCCGUACUGCGUUACCUUCUAGAGACAUACGGGUACAAAGGUGCAGUGUUAAUAUUGGGCGGUAUAAUGCUGAACGUCUGGGCGGCCGCCUUGCUGUUCCAACCGGUCGAGGAACACAUGGUCAGGAAGUAUAAGGAACCGGAGGAAGACGAGGACGCGCCGCAGGACAUUUUGUUCGAAGAAGAGGAGCCAAUUGAAGUCUACAAUAUGGCCUCACAGCCCAUUAACGCCGAUAAACCUAACGGCUUAGCUGAACACGAGAAACUGAGCAAGGAAAUCUCGGAUCGAAACAUAUCACAAGCCCAAGUACAUAACAGUCAAAAUUGCGUGAACUCUACACAGAACUUGAGACAAAAUCUGUCGAAACGAAAGCUCUCCUACACAAGACCGAUGUCGAAGGCGAACUUUAGUUCCGCUUCAAUAGCGCUAGAGGGCGUUGACAAGCGGCUUGGAUCCCAGGAGGGAUUCGGCAGACGAUUAAGCACAGCGGGCCCUAAAAGAAACCUGUCCACGUCUAGCUUCGCGUAUGUUUCCACACCAUUCCACGGCUCGACCCUUUCCGCGUUUAAUCAACCGAAUGAAUUCGCUUCUCAAUUCUCUCUUAAAUCUAUCACAGAGAGUGCCGCCGAUGUCGCUUACUGCUGCUUCUGUUGCAAGCGCAAACGGAAAAGCGAGCCGAACAAAUUCUUCGAUGUAUCGCUCCUAACCGAUCCCACUUAUUUAGUAAUCCUGGUGUCGAGUAGUACAGUUGCGAUAUCGUGUACAAACUUCAUUAUCUUACUACCCUCGUACGCUCAGAACAUCGGUUUCGAUAAGUCGCGAGGCGCUUUACUGCUCAGUACGGUCUCGGCUCUCGAUCUGGUCGGACGUAUCGGCGGUUCGGCGCUUUGCGACCUCAAUUUCAUGCCGAAAUCUUUUUAUUUCGUCGGUGGAUUGUUUUUCUCCGGGGUCACUUUAACGAUCAUACCGUUUCUGGAGUCGUAUACGACGAUAAGCGUGGUUUGCGCUCUGUUCGGUCUCGCGUCCGGGAUCAAUAACAGCGUUACCACUUUAGUCAUGGCCGAGAUUUUGGGCGUCGACCGGCUAAUGUCGACGUACGGUAUCAGUUUGUUCGUGAACGGUAUUCUUCAAUUAAUCGGUCCGCCAAUAUGUGGUCUGUGGUUUGAAUACGACAAGAAUUUCGUCAAUAUGUUCGUUACGUUCGGAUUCAUUUUUAUCGCCGGUGCGUCUUUAUGGCUUUUCAUGCCGUUAAUAACUAGACAAAAGAAGAAAAGGGCCCAAGAAGCGCUCGGAAAGGUACAAGCUCAAAAAGUUUAG